AUGGAUCCAAGAUCGAUCAAUUUCAAUGUCUUACGUCGACAUGAUUCCAAAAUCACAUCUAUCAUCGAUUCCACCUCAUACGUAGUGAUUUAUAGAUACUUUCAUGGAGCAUGGUCUAAAACAGGUUUAGAAGGUACUAUGUUUAUCUUUGAACGUGAUGGUGAAGUUCAUCAACCUAGAUAUGGUGUCUUUGUACUCAAUCGUCAAGGUUUGGAUAAUAUGUCGCAAGGUCUUUUGCCCGGUUGGGAAGUUGAUUUGGAUGAAGGUUUGAUUAUUUGGAGGAAUGAAGGCGCUACGGGUGAUGCUGAUGAUGAUAUCAUUCAUGGACUUUGGAUUUAUGAAGAACAAGAUCGUAGUAGGAUUGCUGGUGUUAUGCAAAGUUUGAUUGAUCUUUCGACACCCCAAUCUGAACCUGAACCUACUACAUCAUCACCCCAAGUUUCCUUAUCACAUCCAGUACCACGUGUCCCCAUCAUACCUGCAGGACAAUCUAUUUCCUUAGAUCAACUUUUCGGAGUCGGAUCAGUUUGUUCUGAACCACCACCACCGACUUCAGAUUUACCACAUCCGGCUAGUUCUGUGGCUGAUUCAUCUGAACCUCAAAACGCUUUACCACCUCAACAUGUCAUGAGUCCAGAUCCAUCGGAUUUGCCUAAAGGAAUGCAACUCUUGGAUUCCUUGUUUCAGAAAGCUAGUUUGAAAACUCAAACUUCGAAUCCAUCGAUCUCUAGUGCUGAUUCGAUUGCUCAACAAUCUAUGGGGAUUCAUCAAGUUUUACAAACCCAACCGAUGUCGCCUCAUCCGAUUCAAAACCAUCCUAGCUCUGGUUCUUCGACUCUUCAUCAUCAUCAUCUUCAUCAUCAUCAUCGUAGAAACUCAUCUGAUGAGAAUUAUAAACCUCAAGCUUAUAAUGAAGUGAAUCGGAAUCCGAACCAUAAAGCUCAUCAUCAUCAACGAGCUCCUAAUUCGAAAUCAGGUUCUAGACAUAGUAGUGGUGGUUCAUCAUCACAUCCUCGAAGUGAAAAGAUGGUAGGACCCAGUUCGAAUGGUCAAACUGGUCCAUCUCAUUAUCCUGUACAAUCUAAUCCUCAAUACCAAUCUACUCAAGCUGGCUUGGUUUCGGCUUCUCAAACCUCUAAUAAUGAAUCAGCUCAUGCAGAAGCACGUCAUAAUAUCCUAAGCCUUUUGGGACAUCCGAUCGCUACCUCGGCUCCUCAUCAUCAUAAUCUACCGGGUCAGAUCUCGAACUCAGGAACAUGGACUGGAGCGAAUGGUGGAUCACCUGAUAGUAUUAGGAGUGGAGGAGGUAAUCGAGACGUUUAUCAACCAUCAAGUUAUGGAAGGAAUCAUCAAGCUAAAUAUACUUCACAUCAUCAUCAUCAUCAUCCACAUCCACAAGAAGGAAACCCGAACCAUCGAUCACAACAAAACUCACAACAUUCAUCACCACAACAAACUCAUUCACCUCAUUCGAAUGCUUAUUCGAACGCUUCACAACUUGUUCAAACAUCAUCCCAAGUUCCUAGCUUACAACCUGAACUUGGUUCACCACAUCAUAGUAGUGCUCAUGCUCAUGCUCAUCAUCAUCAUUUGUCUAGAAACGGAACUCAGUUUCAUCAACCACCGCCACAACAAGCAGGACCAACACAAGUGAAAGUUAGAGGAACUCCUCCUAAGCCUCCUUUACCGAAUGUACCUGUCCAAAACCGUCAAUCACAAGUUUCUGCACCUAACCAUGUCUGGAAUGAAAAUUAUCCUAAACGUGCUAUGAGUCCGUUAAACCCAGCAUCCCAAACCCAAUCGCAAACACAAAGAUCAUCACAACAAGUAGGACCACAGUGGAAUGGACAGAGUAAUAGAACAUCUAAUGUUGGAGACUUUCCUGCACCGGUUGUGAAUGAUUCUUCUAGACCUAGUAGGAGCCAUGGUUUACAUCCUCAAAGUCUUGCUCAUAGUCAGGGGAAAGAAGGAACUGUGUUUGUUAAUAAGGUCGUGGCUGAGGUCUUGGAUGAGGGAUUGGCUGGUAGGGAGUAUUUGGAGGUGAAUGGAAAGAAUAAGAAUGGACGUCGGAAGAAUGGAAAGCAUCAGCAUGGACAGAAUGGGGAUCGGGACGGGGAUCGGGACGGGGAUGGACAGGAUGGGGAUGGACAGGAUGGGGAAGGGGAAGAAGGGGAUGAGGAUGAGGAGAAUAGGGAAGAUGAGGCUUUGGAUAAGAAAGAGUUUGUGGGUGGGGUUUUGGAGUUGAUUAAGACGAAUGGAGCGUUUGUAGAUAUGCUUUAUGCUAGGUAUUUGGCUAGGUAUGCUGAACGGUAUUUGUGA